CCAACCUAGCCAUGGCCACCGGCGAAGCCGCCGCCGCCCCGCUCCUCUCGUCGUCCGGCGAAAAGCCCCGGCGCCGCAACAUGUACGCCUUCGGCUGCGCCACGCUCGCCUCCAUGACCACCGUCCUCAUGGGCUACAAUCUCGCGGUGAUGAGCGGCGCGCAGCUGUUCAUCCGGGAGGACCUGGGGCUGAGCGACGCCGAGAUCGAGGUGCUGACGGGGUCGAUGAACGUGUUCAUGCUGGCGUCGAUCCUCGCCGCCGGCUGGACGGCCGACGUGCUUGGCCGCCGCGGCACGAUCGUGCUGGCGAACGCGUUCCUCGUGGCCGGCGCGCUCGCCAUGUCGCUCGGCGGCAGCUACGCCGCGCUCAUGGCGGCGCGCUUCGUCACCAGCAUCGGCGUCGGGUUCGCGCGCGUGGUCGCGCCCGUGUACAACGCCGAGAUCUCGCCGGCGUCCACCCGCGGCGUCCUGACCUCGUUGCUCGAUAUGUUCGUCAACGUUGGCAUCCUCCUCAGCUACGUGUCGAACUACGCCUUUGCCGGCCUGCCGGUGCACCUCGGCUGGCGCGUCAUGUUCGGCGUCGGCGCGGCCCCCCCCGUGCUGCUCGCCGCCGGGGUGCUCGCCAUGCCGGAGUCGCCGCGCUGGCUCGCCAUGCGCGGUCGCCACGCCGACGCGCGAGCCGUGCUCGUGCGCACCUCUGACUCCGCCGCCGAGGCCGAGCUCCGCCUCGAGGAGAUCAAGCGGGCCGUCGCCGCGCCUCACGAUGGUAGCGGUGGCGUGUGGAGGGAGCUGAUCAUUCGGCCGACGGCCAUGGUCCGGCGGAUCCUCGCAUGCGUCAUCGGGUUACAGUUCUUCCAGCAAGCGUCGGGCAUCGAUGCCAUCGUGCUAUACAGCCCACUGGUGUUCAAGAAGGUCGGCAUGGCGUCGAACGCCGCCGUGCUGGGCGCCACCAUCGCCGUCGGCGUCGUCAAGACGUGCUUCAUCCUCGUCGCCACGCUCUUCUCCGACCGCCUCGGCCGCCGCCCACUCUUGCUUGCCAGCACCGGCGGCAUGGCCGUGACGCUGACCUCACUGGCGCUGACUCUCUGCUGCGUGGCGUCAUCGUCACCGUCACCGCCCACGGCGAGCGCCGCGGCCUGCGUCGCGUCGGUCAUGGCGUUCGUCGCGGCGUUCUCCGUCGGGCUCGGGCCGACGACGGCGACGUACACCUCGGAGAUCAUGCCGCUGCGGCUGCGGGCGCAGGGCGCCAGCCUGGGCAUCGCCGUGAACCGGCUGGCGUGUGGCGCCGUCACCAUGACGUUCAUAUCGCUCGCUGACGGGAUCACCAUGGCAGGCUGCUUCUUCCUCUACGCCGGCGUGGCGGCCGUCGCCUGCGUGUUCGUCUACGUGUGGCUGCCGGAGACGAGGGGUCGAAGCUUGGAGGACAUGGACGCGCUCUUCUCCAAGUGAUCGCCACCGAUCUUCUUCAUUUACACCCAAACUUUUUCAGCAAAUUUGAGUUUUAUAUAGAAGUUAUGAACACUAUUUUUGUUUUCAUAAUGGAUAAUAUUAUAUUUCCUGAACUUGUUCUGAUGAAGCCCACUAAAAUGUGUUUGCAUCAUGCAUAAUCACUAAAUUA